GCACUCUGGAGUUUGGACUUGUGUUGGCCUACACUGCAAUACCGGGCCGGAUUUGUUCUAUAAAUCGUCCGAGGCUAUAAUCUCCCUCUCAACCUAAAUUGGGCGUAGGCCAAAUGGGAAAGAAGCGAGCUCCACGAGCAGUUGAUGAAGCAGCGGCUCAAACUGCAGGCAAUAUCAGUAAGGACGAUCUCGAGCUCAACAUCGCUAAUGCAGACCUUACGGAGAAAAAGAGAGUGAAAAAGAAGAAAGAAGAGAAACGCGAAAGAGAAGCGAAAGAAAGAAAUUCAGAGAAAGUCGGACCUGAGAUGAAAGCAGAAGGGGCGAAUGGUGAUACGAACGCCAAGAAGAAGAAAAAUAAGAAAUUUGAGGGAAGUAACAUUAACGCUUCUAAUGAAUUGCCUACGGUCUCCAUUGCCCUUCCCGGGUCCAUCAUCGACAAUGCGCAAUCCCUGGAACUUGCCACCCGCUUGGCUGGCCAAAUUGCACGUGCUGCAACUAUUUUCCAGAUAGAUGAGGUGGUUGUAUUUGACAAUGUUAGCAGUUCUCAAGAUAGUCCAGCCAUCCUUUUGGAGGAUAAUUUGGAUGCAAAUGAAAGCAGUGCUGCGUUUCUUUUGAUGAUUCUUAGGUACAUGGAGACACCCCAGUAUCUAAGAAAGAGCCUAUAUCCGAUGCAUAACAAUUUAAGAUAUGUGGGAUCAUUACCCCCACUUGAUGCCCCACAUCAUUUACGGAAGCACGAAUGGGCACCUUAUCGAGAAGUAAAAAGCCAACGAACUUGGCCUUCUAAACAUCUGGCAAAGGACUAGUACUGUACUAGUGUGCUCUUUAUUAUUGGGGAUGCUUUGGUGUAAGGUUGGAUAUGUGUGGUGCAAAGGUUUAUGCAUAUGAUGGAUUACACUUGAUCUCUGAACUUCAGGUAAGUUUUCUGUUGACAAGUUAAAUGACUGAUGCUAAAACUUUGCACCCAUUUCUCUGCAAACAAAGCAAUUUCAUCCAUUAUGGUUUUGGGCAUCAUUGUCCUUCAGUUAUUUCUCAUUUUGGUUUGAACUUACUUUGUAAGUGUCUUUGCAUAUAUACUCUCUGAGUUAUCUCAUGUCAAGAUGCCUCAUCAUCACCACAUUAAGACAAACUGUGUUGGGUCAGUGAAACACACUUAGUGUCAAUUGACUGUGUGUAAUUAAAUAACAUUAUUGAUUUAAGCAAGAGCAAAAACACUUGAAAUCCUUUUAUUGUAGUUUAGAUAAUUGUGGUGCAAAGAUUUGUGCAUAUGAUGGAUCACACUUGAUCUCUGAACUUCAGGUAAGUUUUCUGUUGACAAGGUUAAAUGACUGAUGUGAGAACUUUGCACCCAUCUUUGUUUCUAAUAUAGGCUUUGGUUCAUUGAAGCUCUGAUUCCUUUUCCCUAUCUAUAAGCAAAGCGGCUUCAUACUUCCAUCCAUUGUAGUUUUUAGGCAUCGCUUUCCUUUGGAUUUAGUUAUUGUUGAUGUUUUUCAACUUACUUUGAAUAUGGCUUUAUGAUAUAACACCUCUGGGGUUAUCUCUUUCCAAGAUGCCUCAUUUUUGUUGUCAUCUUUACAGUUUUAAUCCAAACUAGGCUUGGUUAGUCACAUGCAUGUAGUGUCUAUUGUUAAUUAGUAACACUAUAGAUGUAUAGUUUUAUCCAAAAAAUUGUAGUGGCAAAGUUUUAGUCCGGAUGCCUUCCCUGUCUCAACUUGCUUGCAGAGUCAUUAUCAUCGUCAUUACCCCAGUGCCCCAAAGGUUCCUACCUAUGGUGAGGUAAGGGGGUCGGAUGUACGCAGUCUUACCCCUGUACUAAAGCACAGAGAGACUGUUUCCGAAUGACCCAUAGUGAAAAUUGCGUUGAAAAUUGCGUAGACUGACUGUUACUUCAUAACAAAGAAGCGCAUACAGUUUAGUGAGCCAUUUUGCUUUAUUCCAUCAUAUUCCCAAGCCAAAAAAUAGUGAGUCUUUGGCUCCAUUGAAAAUGAUGGAAAAACUUUCUUGCAGAGUAAUGACAUGAAAUUUUCCUAAACCACCAUGAUUGUAUGCUGUGCCAAUUGCAUGAAAAUAAAAAUACACAUUGCAAAUAUAAGACAUUGAUGGUUAUCUAAACCAGUUCCACCCAAUUACAACUCUCUACCUUUAUCACUUCUUCUUCUAUGACUUUUGCAUUUAUUGAGGUCAUAUUCUUUGUUGACAUUAACAGAAUAUAGUAAGAACAAGCUGCCUAUCUGUUGCCAGGUGUCACACUAAGAGACCAGCAUCCAAAAUCAGGAGGAACAGUGGUUGACGUGGGGUUAAGUAAGCACGUACUGAUUGAUCAAGUCAUUGAUCCAGGUAAAAGGGUCACAGUAUCUAUGGGAACUGAUCGUCAUUUAGAUUCAGACAUACCGCACCAAAUUGUAUCUACAUCCAAACCAAGGGAAGAGGCAGGGAUGUAUUGGGGCUACAAAGUGCGAUAUGCUUCCAAUAUUAGUUCUGUAUUCAAGAAUUGUCCAUAUAAGGGAGGCUAUGAUCAUCUGAUUGGUACCUCAGAACAUGGUAUUGCUAUUAAGUCAUCUGAACUUUGUUUGUCGUCAUUCAAACACCUAUUAAUUGCUUUUGGUGGGCUUGCGGGUCUGGAGGAGUGCAUUGAAGAAGACAGUAGCUUGAAGGGUAAAAAAGCUCUAGACAUAUUUGAUCUCUAUCUGAACACAUGUCCGCAUCAAGGAAGUAGAACAAUCCGAACUGAGGAAGCUAUCUUCAUUUCUCUGCAGUAUUUCCAAGAACCAAUCAAUCGGGUUUUGGACAAGAGUUAGCCCCCGCAAAUCUCCAGUACAUAAAAUUGCAGGAUAUGUAGCAAAAUUAGACAUUUUGCAAAUCCCAGAGAGUUGAAGUAUUAUUGGAAGAGGCUUUGGGAUCUCUAAUGGAAAUGUUUGAACUGCAAAGAAAUACCUUUUGAGAGGGGUCUUCGGAUUGCUUGCUGGACAAAACCAUUUCUGUACCAUUUUGCCUUCGCAUGCAGAAGUGUAGAACAAUUGUAUCUAUGAACAUUAUUUUUUGAUAUCCUGGUUAAAUGAAUUUGGGCCACACAUUUCUUAAUGGUCCAUUUGGAAUUUGGGAAAUGUUAGGAAUGCAAACCAUGGAGAUUUUGUAGAAGGAAAACAAAAUAUUGGUUCAAAUUCAAAAAUUUCAUUUUUAGAAUUGGUUCGAAUUCAUUUUGUUCUUUAAUUCUACCGUAUAAAUUAAUACUACCUCCGUCUAAUA